GCCCGGAGCCGGGGAAGCGGACGCCUGCGCAGAAAGGGAGUGGCCGUCCGCUCCCCGCCCUGCGAGCCGCGCCAGCGCAGUUGGGGAAAGACCGAGCGGCGCUGCGCCUGCGCGCUGGUGGCCGAGGCGGCGGUGGCGGCGGCGGCGAUGGAACCUACCGAGCAGCUGAACGAGUUAGUGUCAGCCGAGGGCCGAAACCGGAAGGCGGUGCUGUGCCAGCGCUGCGGCUCGCGGGUGCUGCAGCCAGGGACCGCUCUCUUCUCCCGCCGGCAGCUUUUCCUUCCCUCCAUGAGAAAGAAGCCAGCCCUGGCUGACAGCAGCAAUCCUGACGGCGACCUCCUCCAGGAACACUGGCUGGUUGACGACAUGUUCAUCUUUGAGAACGUGGGCUUCACCAAGGACGUGGGCAACGUCAAGUUCCUGGUCUGCGCAGACUGUGAAAUCGGACCCAUUGGCUGGCAUUGCCUAGAUGACAAGAACAGUUUCUAUGUGGCCUUGGAACGGGUUUCCCAUGAGUAACUGAGGGGAGGGGGACUCACUCCACCCCCCCACCCCAACUAUAAAAGCUACUCCCCACAAGGACUGGCAUUUGACCUGGUCUGACUGUUCCACUGCUGCCUUUUGUGUGCUGAGUAAGGGAUGCCUGCGGGAGGGCCAGCCCGGCCGCCUGGCCACACGUGCAUGCCUCCUGCUAGUCCCGUUCCACUGCAACAUCUCAUCUCCUUUCCCCCCCCGUCAGGACGCUGGGCUACUUCUACAGAUCUGCUCUCACCCCUGGCCUUCUGCUGGGGCUCUCUGUAUUACCCAGAGGCUCCCGUAUCUUGCUCUGGAAAAGCAGUAGUCAGCCCUCAGGGCUCAAACUUCAGCAGCACAUGGCAAAAGGUACAUGUGCGCUGAGAGCGGAGACGCCAUGCGCAUCACCGAGGAAAGUUUGCAAGUCUGAGAGUGACUGUUGUGUGGCUCCCUUUGGUUCAUUAUUUUUAAAAGUAAAGCAUUUACAAAUUUUAGCCUUAAAACUACUAAUCAGAAGCACAUUACUUUGGACAUACCUGUGUACCAUGAAGGAAAGUCCCUGCUUUACAUCAGUAGGGGCUGUUUGUUGUAAAGGUGAACUUGGUCUCCUUUCCCUUUAAGUCUUGAUGUGGAUUCUCUUGCUGUUAGGUCUUCACUGGCCACUCUAAGAAAAACCCAGCCCUGAAUUCCCCAGGAAGACGUGGCGUCAGGGUGGAGGAUGGGGAUAUGGGUGGAUAGGCUUUGCCUAUGUGAGUUUAUAGGCGUGUCUGAGCUGGGCCAGUAAGUGCCCCUCAACAGUGUCAUCUGCUGAACCUUCUGGACACAGUCCUCACAGACUUUCGCUUCAGGUGUUAUCUCUAACAACCCAGAGUUCAAAUUUUCCAUCUAGAUGCCUGAAUUUCUAUAACUGUGGGGAUACUGUAACAAUCAGAUGUUAGCAAACUUGUUUAACCUCCAGUACGAUCGUCAGUCCUGUCAUUGUUCAUCAUCUGAAGCAUCUCUGUAACUGGGUUUCAGGUAUCCCCCGGCAGCCCUACCUCUAAGAUUCGGGAAACCUAGAAUUAAAAUAAGGACUCAAUAGCGACCUUA